ACUGUCAAUACUAUGAGCGAGUGGAGUCCAGUAAGGGGGGCUUUGUGAGAAAGAGAUACUUUGAUAUUUUGGAAUGUUAGAAGGGUGAAUGUGAAAAAUUGGAGGUUGGGGAUCUAAUUACCCAACCGUAAUUGGGGGCUGGGGAAUAAGUUUCAGUCCUCUCAACUCACCACAGAUCAAUUAUGUUAAGAGAACAUCUGUAAGUAGAACUUAAUGAGGUCCAUUAGAGCAACAUGUACAGCCUCCUCUAACAGUACUUGUCAGCUUCUUGGAUGAGCUGAAGGAAGCUGCUAACUAGGGACCUGGUGAGGUGCUUAAAUACUGGAGGAAAAGAAGCUGGCCCACUCAGGUUUUGUGCUCAGCUUGAGAAGAGAGAGACAGGUGGCCCUUUCAUCCCUGCUGUCGCGGUUAGAAGGAACAACUAACUGGUUCUGCCAUCAUCCCCAUGAAAAGAAAUUUGCUCUCUCUCUAUCUUCCCUGGAAACUGAGUUUUUUUUUCAGAAGAGGAAGAAACAGCCUAACACUUAAUUCUUGCCUCAACAACACUGUUUAGUGUUUCUAUUUGUGAAUAUAGGAUUUCUGUUUGAUCUUAUUUUGAGGAAAAGGAAAGAACUCAAAACAACGCAUUAGUGCAAAGCAGUUUUUAAAAAAAGUGAAAACUUGACGGAUCUUUUUCUUUGAAACCCACUCAGCAGUGGUUUGAAAUAAGGUAUACAAAUGCUCUCAGCUCAGCCAGACACCAAGCCGAAAGGUUGUGCUGGCUGCAACCGGAAGAUUAAAGACCGCUACCUCCUGAAGGCGUUGGAUAAGUACUGGCAUGAGGACUGUCUGAAAUGUGCCUGUUGUGACUGCCGCCUGGGAGAGGUGGGCUCAACUCUGUACACCAAGGCGAAUCUCAUCCUCUGUCGCAGAGACUACCUGAGGUUGUUCGGUGUGACAGGAAAUUGUGCAGCAUGCAGCAAGCUGAUUCCUGCCUUUGAGAUGGUAAUGAGAGCCAAGGACAAUGUUUAUCACCUGGACUGUUUUGCUUGUCAGCUCUGUAAUCAGAGGUUUUGCGUUGGAGAUAAAUUUUUCCUCAAGAACAAUAUGAUUCUGUGCCAGACAGACUAUGAGGAAGGUUUGAUGAAAGAAGGCUACACAUCCCAGGUUCGCUGAUCCCACAGCCACAUGUGUCAAAUUAGUUUUAAGCACUAACUUCUGUAUUGUUUACUCAACAUGUAAAUAUGAAUUGAAACAGGAACUAAUAGAAUAGACCUACAGUACCCUGAGCUGGUGGCCAUGUUUGGAAUAAAGGUGGGAAGAUAAACCGUAUAUAGUCAUUUUGUUCCUGUUCUAAAUUGAAUGUCUUCUAGACCUAUUGUAUAUAUUGAGCUUUGUCAUGAGGGAAAACUAUUCCCCUUCUUUGUUUGCUGCUUACAGUUUAUAACUUUGUUUGUGUCAUUUGGCAUGAGAUGUUCAUUUUGGAUGACUCUUGUACAUACUAUAUUGUAAUAUUUGAAGCACAAAUGUAAUACAGUUUUAUUGUGUUAUCAUUUGUGUUCAUUCCUUUGUUUCUUGGUUGUUGCAUUUAGUACAAUCAGUGUUCAGAUUUAUUGUAUAAUUAAUUAUGCUUUCUGUAUUCUAUUAACUAUUUUAACUGAGCUGUAACUUUCUAUUAAAAUAAUCAAACCGCAGUUCUAUGCACUUUAAUUUGUUUGCUAAUACAAUGUGUUAAAAAUCUGGAGACGUAGAAGUAGCCAAAUAUAUAAUCUCCUCACACUAGAGUUGACAUUACAAAUUACAAUUAACUUUGCCAGCAACUCUGAUGCAAAUGCUUUGUCUACCAGAUGAGAAAUCGGUUUUGUUCAAUAAACAAUUUUACACCAAAUUUUUGUGCAACAUGUUGUGGAACAUGAACUUGCUUUUCCCAACCCCCCAAGCUGCCAACUUUGGAACGGGAAUUAGUUUCAUUUUCCUGUUCUCUGUAUAUUAUUUGAAGUGUCACCAAGGCUACACAAAUCUAGAUCUAAAGAGCAUUCAUUUCUGAUAAGUUG